UCGCACAGAAAGAAGAAAAAAGAAGGUAAGAACUAACAGCGCGUAAACCCCAGAUGCGGGUCAUCGAAUAUUCCAAUUCGCACAGCUUGAAGGGGGCGCGCGGAAGAAAAAUAAAUAUCUGGUUGACAUUCGCCAAAGAUAUUAUCCUUCUUGAUGACGUGGCUCUUACAUGAUGUAUUGACACGUGUAAAAGUGUCUCCUUGUGGAGCCUUUAUUGGCCACCUCAACACCGCCUCUCUCCAUUUUCUACUGCUAAAUUGAGGGAUCAAAUUUUCCUUUUUCAAAAUUUGAAACAAAAGAAAAGAAAGUCACAAUGGGAGAUAACCUCUGCCGGAAUUUUCCCUUUCCGGCUCCGUCUUUGCAUCCUCUAGCUUGCGUACCUGAGUUGACUCAAACCAACUUGGACUUCUCUGAUUCUGGUGUUACCAUUGAAAGCUUCAGAGAUCCUGCUCCAAUUGCACAACUGGGACAAACUAUGGUUUGGACAAAUGAAAAGCACAACACUUAUCUUGAUUCCUUAGAAGCAUCAUUUGUCAAGCAGUUGCAUUAUUCUAAGAGCUUGCAUGGCUGUCACCCACAAGUGGGAAUGCGAGAGCCAUGUCUGUUCCCCCAACUGCUAGUAGGACAUAAUUCUUCUCAUCAGUUUUCUAUCCUACAAGAUGGCUGUGGCCAGAAGAUAAACUAUGAGAGCAAUGACCCUUUAUUGGAAAGCACUGCUGAUUCUGGUGCUGUCCUGGGAAGUCCAUGGUUACAUCAUUUUAGGUCUGCUGGAAAAUGCAGCUCAAUAACAUUUCCUGUUCCAAGAAAAAUUGCGGUUCCCAAUGAUGAAAUCUGCUCGAGAAGUAAUACAAACUUCUAUUGCAAAUCAGCAGUAAAUUCAAAGCUCAAUCCCAUUGUUAAUUCCUGCAAUCACAGCUUGGAUAGCUGCACUGCUGAGGUCUCAGAUCAGAAUUUUGUGGCUGAAGACCAUGGAGAAAAGACCAGUUAUGCAUCCGGGGCAAAACGCAUGAAGAUGAUGACAGUGCUUGAUGCUUCUAGUGAUAGUCAAGUUGCCCCAGUUGGCAAUUUACAUACAAUAGAUGACUCGAUAAUCAGCAAUAUAUCGGCAAAAAGAGGGAAAAAGAAAUUACUGUCAGAUCACCCAGAGCGCUUGACCUGCCCAAAGUCUGACACACAUUACUUUCUAAGGGAGAGUUAAAUUGCUACAUUGAACCGAUGGAGACAAAUUCAGUUUUUAUUUGCUGCCUGUUUGAAGAAGAAUUCUGGGAGAGAACACAGCAGCAGGAGUUGAUUUCCGGUGAUUGUCUUUCUAAUGGCUAUACCACUUGGUGGGCACGACAUUGUGACUGUGUGCACUCGUAAGAUCUAACAUAGAUUUAAGUAAAACCUUUUUUUUUAUGGAUCUGCAUUACAAAUUUACAAUUUAGGUAUGCCUAAACUUGCAUGCUAACCAAUAUCUGUUGUUCAAUCCGAAGUGGUUGACUAUCGCCGACCUGUUUAUACAAAUAGGCACAAUGGAUAGAUAUAGAGGAUAGGGAAUUCAAUAUGCACGCAGGUUUUAAUGAUGUUAGUCCUUGAUGUCUAAUCUGUAUGUUUGUUUCUCUGAGAUGUAUAAAUUCCAUUUACUUUGAGGUAGUGAACAUAUAAAUUCAGAAUCUUGAUGUAACAUAUUGUAAAUGUUAA